AUGAACGCUCAUGCAAGGAUGAUGUACCUCCCAGACACCAUGACCAACUGGCCCUGGCCUCGUGCCAUCAAUCCUCAUUUCGAGGAUGUGAAAGCUGAAGUCGAUGCUUCGUUCCGUGAUUUUAAGGCUCUGAGUCCUGAGUCACAGGAGGCAUUCGACAAGUGUGACUUUGAACACCUUCGAAUAGGUUCUGAGUUAAUGAAUGUCUACUUCAUUGUGGACGAGUUCACCGACAGCGAAAAUGCGGCAGGCACUAAGGCAAUGGUGGAUAUCGUGCUUGAUGCCCUAGACAAUCCUCAUAAAGCACGGCCACAAGGCGAAUGCAUCCUCGGUGAAAUCUCACGACAAUUUUGGGCUCGUGCAAUCCAGACUGCAAGUCUGCCUUCUCAGCGUCACUUCCUCGACAGCUACACCGCAUACCUUCGUGCAGUAGUCGUCGAGGCUGUCGACCGCGAACAGAGUCGUCGUCGCAGUAUCGAUGACUAUCUCAAGCUCCGGCGGGAUACGUGUGGCGCAAAAUCUGCUUUCGCAGUAUAUGAAAUGGGAAUGGAGCUUCCUGAUGAAGUGUUCUACCAUCCCGUCAUCGUGGAACUGGUUGACUGCAUCAUAGAGUUGAUUUUGAUCGACAACGACAUGCUCUCAUACAACAGAGAGCAAGCGACUGGGGACGAAAACCAUAACUUGGUCUCUGCUAUCAUGUUGGAACUCAGCCUCGACAGAGGCGGUGCGAUGGCUUGGGCAGCACGCUAUCACACUGAUGUCGAGAAAAAGUUUAUCGACGGUCGUUCAAAGGUCCCUUCGUGGGGAGCUUCCACCGACGCCCUUGUCAAGGAGUAUUUUGAUGGGAUAGCAACCUGGGCUCGAGCAAACUGUUGUUGGAGUUUCGAGGCUCAAAGAUACUUUGGCACCAUGGGCCCGGAAAUACAGCAAACUAGGCUUGUCCCGGUGUUGCCAAAGGUCAACUACAAAGACACAUCCGUGGUGGCGCAGGUCAAUGUUACCGAUUUGUCAAAGAUCGACGCCACGGUGCACCGUGAGCAACCGUCUGGUGGGCUCGAGUGCUUAAUACUUUGGCCUCAAGUGAUGUGA